AUAACGACCAUCUCUAUUAGACAAUCUUACUUUUCCUGUGUCCAACCACUUCUCAUCAAAAUCAUAUAAGAACUGUUCAUAUACACUCUUGAUUCUGUUUAAUCUAGAAUUUGAUACAUCAUUUGAGACAACACAUUCUGGAUAUAAUGUCUGUAUUGCAAGUAAACUUUUGCCACCUGGAGAUGCACACAUAUCCAAUAUGCGAUGCCCUGGCUGAAUAUCUAAAGCCAGCACAGGUAGAAUAGACCCACCAUCCAUCAAAUAAUAGUUGUAUACACCAGUCUUUCCCUUCUUAGGUGAAUCAAAAUCACUAUUGUUACCAGAUUCAUAACAAUAAAUGUUCAAAUGAUCUGGAAAUCUAAUAUCAUAUUGUUUUUCAACCUUUACUGCAAAGUUUGUGUCUUGAUCAUACAUUUUAUAAUGACUGGAUUCUGGUAUGAAAUCUUCCAUCCCUUUGAUUUUUGUAGCUGGGAUAAAUUCAUGUAAAAUCUCAGUAGAUAAUAAGUUUUUUGAAUCUACCAGUCUUUUUGUGUCUAACUCAGCAUUGUCCAAGCUAGCUGCUAAUGAGAACUGUUUGGCAUUCAAUUCAAUUUCUUUUGAAUCAUUUGAAUUUAUAUUUUCCACAAUAUUUUCAUCAAUUUUAUCCAACCUCAGGACUUCAUCUAGAACCUUUUUUGUUUUCUUUUCAUUUGCUGUCUCAUUAAUGUAGCCUUUCUCCAAAUUGAAUAGAGUGCGCAUAUUUAAAGCUCCUCUCAAUUCCAGAUUAGACAUAGUGGAUUCAUUAUCUCCAUAAUAGUUUACUACUGCGACAUACUUCUGACGACCCAGUAAUGCCUUUCUUAUUGAAAACCAUUUUUUAUUGAAAACUUGAUUGUAGAAGUCAUCAAAAUGAUUUAGGGCUUUGUGGAUGGGAUGUACUUUUUUUCGAAGUACAGACUGCAACAAUAUUUUUUUUUUAGAUUACUUCAGGACACAGCUAAUUAUCACCUCGCUUGCUCAUUCCUGUGGAUGCUGAAGCAUCUCGGGAACAGACACAGUAAGAAAAAUAUCAUCUAGUACUUUGGUAUUCAAUUCAGCUACAUCUUGAUAAUAACUUACCCAGUGAUCAGAAGGAUGUUUAUACCUGACGACUGUCUUUGACAUUCCAUUGAAGAAUUUCAAAAGUCUAGAUAUUUAUUUCAUUGAUCAUGCCAGUGGCCCUAAAGGUCGUGACACAAUGUAGAGGAUGGGUUGCGUGCAAGAACUGUCAGAUGACCGACGCUGGAGGCAAACCAUUGAAACACAACGUCACUUUUCUUAUUUGUUUACAAGUGAUCGAAAUAGUUUUCCACAAUUAUUUUGGCAUAUGAAUGGUAUUUUUCCGCUAUUCAUCAAUUUGCUCAUGCCAUCACAUUGUGCUGUUGUAAAAUGCACAAAAACUGCAGCGGAAGAUGAAGGAAUCCGGAUGGGUCGGUCAUCGUGCACGCGACCUAUCCAUUUUUUGGAUUUUGAUAUGGAAUAGUAAAAGUAUGGAUACUCCUGUUUUGAAUAAGAAGCAACAGAAAGCAAGUCUCUCAGCGAAGAAGAAUAGGCCUAAAGAAACUAUAAAGAAUGUUCUAGCUACACCAUUCAAUAAUAAUUUCUGGCCAGAAAUAUCACAACAUGAUAAUAAGGUUUUGCAUAAAGUGUUGAUGGCAAACCUACCUCAAAUAAAGGAAGUCAAAGUCAAUGUACCCUGGAAUGAAUUGAAAGACAUACCUAAGUCAGAUAGAAAAGAAUUCAGAGCACAUUAUUCCAAAAAGAUGACUGGUCAACAUAUUGAUAAAGAAGGAAGCACUGGCCUGUCUUUAGGUGUGAACAAUGUAACAAAACAACUUGAAAAUAAUUCUGCUUCAUCAGUAUUGAUUACAAGUGAUGUACUGCCAAGAAUUAUGGUGCAGCAUCUUGUAGAUAUGGCUGUUUUAAAAAACAUUCCAAUACUUGCAGUGGAUAAUUUGCGAAGUUUAUUGAAAACUCAGUGUGGUAUUGGGAGUGUAGCUCUAGCAAUCCAUAGGGAAAUUCCCACAGAAUCCAAACUGAAUUUGAUAAAGGAUUUAGUACACACACUUUUCACAACAUGCUCAGUUCCAGUAAAUCACAUAAAUUAUAAAAGAUCUAUUGAUAAUCAUGUUGCUGCACAUCCACAACCAAAUAUUACCAAACAAAAAGAGCCAAAAAUUCCAGUGGAUGAAAAUGCUAUCAGACAGUUAGUGCAUUUAAAAAGACAAAAUCAACAUUCAAGGACUUUCAAACCAGAACUCAGUACUAUUGAUAAGAAAGUAACAAAGCUGCAGGUAGAUGAAACAGGUUUCUUAGCAUUUUCUGAUGAUCCUGUUGAAGAAAAACCACUGAAACAUUAUAAAUCACUAAUUGUGAAGAGAUUAAGAGGUGAUAAAAACAGAAAUAAGAGGAAAAUGAAGAGUUUGAAAGAUGGAUAAUAUAUUGAUGGUUGUGAGUAAUAAGAAAACAGUUAUUAGUAUUUUCUGCAUUGUUUUAUUUUCUAGCAGAACACACAGGGUAUAGAAUAGAGCCAUAGAAAUUGAGCAGAAAGCACAGAAACUUAAAUUGAAAGAACCAGAGAACAUCUGUUUAGGAGUGAUGAAUUAAACUUCUUUCUCUCCUCAUCAUUUUCAGUUUUUUUUUCAUAUUCCUUAUUAAUCUUAUCUUCGACUUCAAACCGUCUAAUGGAGCCUAACUUAUAAAAAGAGGACAUUUACCUUCCAAAUGAUGAAAGAGGUUACGAGAGGACAGCAGCCUGAUAAAAGAAUACUUGUACUAUAAAGAGUACGUAUGGUCACCCUACCCAAAGUUACGUUUUUUUAAAUAGGACACUAUAUAUUUUUCAAUAUAUAAAAUAUUGAUGCUUUGCGCUUUUUGUGGAGUGGUAUUCACCACAUGCUUCUCGCAGAUGCAUCACUACCGUUCAUAUAACAUACCUACCAGGUGGGUGUCCAGGUUGUGUGGAAAAGCUCUAUAGCUCCAUACCACAAGGUCGUGUGGCAGCGGAACAGCACAGUUCGAGCACUUCUGGCGCUUUUUACUACCUACCACCGUAACCACUUUUGCAAGAACGUCUCCAUGUUUUUGUCGGCUACUUCGAAGAUGCUACCAAAAAAAAACACCAAAACAGCCGAACGACACCGGCGCUACUCAGCUCAUUCCAGUUACGAAUUAUCGUUCGAUGAAUCCACAGUAAUUCAAAUUGCUCAAGAGCCCUAAUACAUCUUCGUUGUGAUGUCUUUCAGAAGGAGGGAGUAGAAGUGACAGUUGCUGACGAAGAUACGGAUCGGGAGAUCGUCAUCAACGCGCUUCCAAAACGACCUGCCCCUCCUUCUCAAUGGUUUAGGCGCUGAAGAGACAAAUGCGUACCUUCAGAAGAGCAUGAAGAGCAAAGCUGGUUGCCGUCACUACUCUACAACUUCCUACAACCACCAGAACUCCCAGCGUUCACCAGGGGCGAGACUAUUUACUCACACGUUUACCCGGUGAGAUACUUCAAGUAUGAGUUGGCUCCGUUCCCGAUGUCUGUUUGAUGAGCAGAGGAUGCGCAAGUGCACAAAACCACUUUACUCUGCCUCCACUCCUUUUUUUAGGCACACGCCCAUAAAUGCCAGCACUCACGUCGUUUUGGAUUGUGACUAUACCUCUUGCACAAAGUCGUGUGGCAGUGGAAGAGCACAGUUCGAACACUUCUGGUGCUUUAUACUACCUACGACCGUAACCACUUUUGCAAGAACGUCUCCAUGGUUUUUGUCGGUUACUUCGAAGAUGCUACCAAAAAAAAAACACCAAAACAACCGAACGACACCGGCGCUACGCAGCUCAUUAUCGUUCGAUGAAUCCACAGUAAUUCAAAUUGCUCAAGAGCAUGUAUUGGGCAAUGCAAACAACAAGAGACGCCUAAUAACUCUUCUUUGUGAUGCCUUUCAGAAGGAGGGAGUAGAAGUGGCAUUUGCCGAAGAAGAUACGGAUCGGGAGAUUGUCAUCACGGCGCUUCCAAAACGACCUGCUCGUCCUUCUCAAUGGUUUAGGCGCUGAAGAGACAAACGCCUACCAUCAGAAGAGCAUGAAGAGCAAAGCUGGUUGCAGUCACUACUCUACAACCUCCUACAACCACCAGGAGUCCCAGCGAUCACCAGGGGCGAGACUAUUCAUCCACGCGUUUACCCUGUGCGAUACUACCGCAGCUCCCUUUGGCCAAAGAAAGACCAAAAUCAUCACACUCCUGAGCAAGAAUGAACCACUUGCUGAGCAUGUGGAAGUCUUCCUUUGGCUAGAUCUCCCCAUAAGCCGCGAGAGAAGCAGGCAUAAAAUGAUUUGUAGUUCUAUAUGAGGGUGACAUCGCGAGGGAUACUUUGGAUAUCCUGAGGUAUAAGACGGAAAU